UUUUUUUCUUUUUUCUUGAAUGGAAAAAAGUUUUCAACACCAAGUUCAAAACAUUUAUCAACUUUGAAUUAGUUAACCGUUUCGGAAUUGCGAGACUUUUGUUUUUAGAAAUGACCCAAAUUCUCUGUGAGUGUUUUCUGUGUGUUUGUGCAGCAUUUCCCCUGUGUGUGUUUAGUACUUAAGCAGAGCAGCAGCAGCUUUACAAGCCCAAAGAAAUAACAGCAGAUUCCGGCCUUUGAAAUUUAGCCUUUUUUCCACGACAUUUCAUGCUUCCGUUAAAGGGUCUGUGUUAAGGCUGCCACCCCCAACCACACCAGAGCUGUGAAUCUCUUUUGACUUUUUGAAUACAUUUUGUGAGGAUUAAGACCUGUUAAAAACGGAUUAAACUGAUUUUUUUAUUUUUUACUGCACAACAACACCAACAAUAAUAACAACAACGGGCUUCAUAGCAUCAUUGUUACCCAAACCAACUGUGAGUUUGCGUGUGUGUGUGCGUGCAAGUGUGACUUUAAAUUCUUGCUGCCUGCAUUUUGGUGUUUCCUACUGUAAAGCUGUAAUUUCCCAGGAUGUUUUAGCUAAAGAAUGGCUUUCGCUACGCAAUUUGUAAUCCGCAGUAAUCAAUUAUGACAUCAAAUGUUACAACCAUCAGCCUUAUUGUUUUCAAACAGAUGCAAUAAGAAUUAAAUAGUAAAUAAAUUUUUUAUUAAAAAAAAAUCCUAACAAAUCAUACAAAAACCUAAUGAAUCAUAGAAGAAGCUCAAGUAAAAACAAAUAGAAAAUAAUCAAUAGACUUAAUAAAUACUAUUAAAGUACAACGCAAAACUACCAUAGUCCACUUGACUAAUUAAUUACCAACACCAUAACAGUAACUCCUCACCAACAAGGAGGUUAAGUCCUCUCACUCCCUAGGGUGGCUAAAUACCACCAAUUUCUACAGAAAGCCCUUAAACAGUUUUGACCAUAACAAAUUGCUAACCACAACAACAAUACAACAAAAGCUACAACAACAUCUCGCCAGUACAAUAAUAAGGAAGCCACCAACGCAUAGUCCUAACUAUAAUUUGCCAUAGUUUCACCCUUAAAGCCAGCCAGCCAGCCAGUCAGCCAGCGCAGCACAGCGAACAAAACGCCAACAUGGGAAAGAAAAGCUCGAAAUUGAAACAGGAUACGAUUGAUCGUUUAACAACGGAUACCUACUUCACAGAAAAAGAAAUUAGACAAUGGCAUAAAGGAUUCCUGAAAGACUGUCCAAAUGGUUUACUCACAGAGCAAGGUUUUAUUAAAAUCUACAAACAAUUCUUCCCCCAAGGAGAUCCCAGCAAAUUUGCCUCAUUAGUGUUCCGGGUAUUCGAUGAAAACAAUGACGGUUCGAUAGAAUUUGAAGAAUUUAUACGCGCUCUCUCGGUAACAUCGAAAGGCAAUUUGGAUGAAAAAUUACAAUGGGCUUUCCGUUUGUACGAUGUGGACAACGAUGGCUAUAUAACGCGCGAGGAAAUGUACAACAUUGUGGAUGCGAUUUAUCAAAUGGUGGGUCAACAACCGCAGGCGGAGGAUGAAAAUACGCCGCAGAAAAGAGUAGAUAAGAUAUUUGAUCAAAUGGAUAAAAAUCAUGAUGGCAAGUUAACGCUAGAAGAAUUUCGUGAGGGUAGUAAAGCUGAUCCACGUAUAGUUCAGGCGUUAAGUUUAGGUGGUGGUUAAAUCCUUCAUUCUAAGCUCCGAAAAGGGUUUAUUUUUAAUUGCAAACAUACACACACACACACACAUACAUAUAUAUAUAUAUAUAUACAAGAUACAAAUUUCUGGGUUUUUGUUCUUUCAAAGCCUUCAAGCUUUUGGUUUACUUGAGAUAAAAAAUAAAAUUAAUAUAAAAAUUUUCACAAAAACAAAAAUUACGAAAAUAUGGAAGCAAUUCCCCCAAGUUUUCCACAAAGAGAUAAAAUUCAAAU